AUGAGUGCACCAACAUUAACACCUUCAAUGCUGACGUUUCUUCCGGGACUGAAAGAGGCGAUUAAUUGUUGCCUGGAAGAAUACUCCCUGUUACCAGAUUGGACACAGUUAGUUGACAAACACAUAAAGCCACAUUUCACACAAGAACCAAAACAAAAUCGAAGGUUUGCCCUGGAACAAGCUUUCAAAGAAAAGUUGUUUGAGAUUCUAGUGCAGAUAGAUAAGCAGAAAAAAUUUGGUGAAGUUUCAUCGCUACUGGAAUUAGCGAUUUUUUGUACACAAAAUUCAGGUUGGCUGUCGAUUUUCGAGAGUACCUCUAUUAUUGAAAUAUUGUCGAAUGUGCAGUUGCUUCUUGGCGAAGAGCAAGACUGGAGAAUUGUUAUAGAACAAAAGGAAAAACAGAUAAAGAACAAAGUCAUCAGACAAACUAAAUCUCAAGAUAAAGCCAUGCCGAUACGAGGUGAACCGCCGUUUCUUAAGUUACCACACAUACUUUUAGAAGAUCUUUUUGAGACACAACUCAUCGAUGACUGUGUGGAACUGUUUACGUUUAUGGAAAAGCAUAAGUCACAGUUGCUUAAGGUGCUCCUCUCGGAUCAAGGAAGAAGUCUAGUAAUAAUUCGUUUAAUAAACGAAUUACUUAGGCGAACAGAUAAAUCUCAUCAUCUCGAAUUCAGUAGUCGACUCUCAAUAUUUGCCGCAAAUUCAUUUGCAAUUGAUGAACGAUCAGCCGUCAAUUUAAAUGCGGAUUGUGAUGCAUCGAAUGUUACUCCGUUCAAUAUCACUCGACAAGAUAAGUACAGUCAAUUAUACUCAAAAAUAUGGGGGCUUCAGGAAUAUUUCAGGAAUCCUAUGUCAAGUCCCGGCGAUCAAAUAAGUAGCAUUCUCGAGGAUAUGCAAACUGUUCUUGAGGAAUUUGAAAAAAUUCCCUUGAAAAAAACUUCUAAAUAUGACGCCACAGAACCUUUAAGUAAAGACAACUCUCAUUUUACUAAGAAUAAUAACACAAACUCGCACACGGUCUCCACGGACUCUUCGUUUCUAUAUGAUGAAGUCCCUCGUAAAACGAUUGAGCCGAUGAAUAUUGAUAAAUACGAUAAUAAUAAUGGGUUUACCUCCAAAAAGCGUAAAUAUCUUAUUGAUCAAGAAGUGACUGAGAAUAUAGAUUCGAGGAAGAAACCGAAGCUUUUAACGCACGACGAUAAAUAUACUAAUGACGAAGAAGCCAUUCAAUUUUGGCCGAAAUUUCUUACUAGUCAAGUGUUAUUUGGUUAUCAGGUUUAUGAUCCAUGCUUUCGUAGCGUCAUUUUGCUACAAUUCUAUAUCAUAGCUGACUGUAUGCCUAGAAUUUAUGCGACGGAGCGUUUUGGUGAGAAAGCUAACCCUCCGGCCUCACAAAAAUUCUAUUUGGAUGAGUCACAAUUAACAAUCACCAAAAGCAUAAUUGAUACAAUUCAAAAACAAUUAGAAAAUACAUUGCCUGCUUGUAAAUCCGGACUUAACACAAUCUUGCGAGUGAUUAAUGGCGAGAAACGAUGGAGUCAUUGGAAGUUUAUUGAAAAAUGUAUCGAAUUGACUCUUCCACCAGCAGCAAUCAAUAAAAAAUCAAACGAAAAACGGAAAGAGUUAAUAUUCACUUUUAUUUCUAUUGAUUGA